GGGGAGCGGCUGUACUGCGAUGCCCUGAGCCGGGAGGCCUGCGAGGGGUUGCCCCUGUACUGUCCCUGGUACCGGGUGGCAGGAGCUCUGAUAGGUGUCAACCUGUGGCCAAAGGAACCCACGCCUCGCUUUGUGCUGUGCCCAGAGUGGGCAUUUUGUGAGUUCCUGCCCUGCCCAGCCGAUGAGGAGGAGAAGCAGCGCACGGUGCUGCUGGGAGAGCUUUGGGAGGGACGCGAGUACACACUGAUCCUCACCGCCCGGCCUAGGGAGUACAGGUGCCGUGCCGGAGAGGUGCUGCAGGUGGCCGGCUUUCAUAAGCAGUGCCCUGUGGUGGAGCCCGUGCGCAGGGAGAGCCAGACGCUGAGUGUGCGUGGCGAGAGCAUCCCUGAGGAGCAGUUCUGCCGCAGCCUGUGCCGUGCCGUGGGCAUGUGGCCGGGUGCCCGUCUCGUGGACUACGUCUGUGUGGAGAGCACCUUGCUGGGUGCCUCUUCAGGGGCCGGUGCCCCCCAUUACGAGGUAUUCGUGGAGCUGCGGGGCCUGCGGGACCUGUCGGAGGGGCAACGCCACAAGCUGGACCACUGCCUGCAGGAGGAUUUCCCCAUCUAUAAGUCGUUCCGCUUCAAGGGCAGCAUCGGGCCCCUGCGCCUGCACCUGGUCGGGGCCGGGGCCUUCGCGCGGCUGCGGGAGGCCAUGGGCUGCCCCGUCCCCAUGCCCCGGGUGCUGCGGGAGGAGCGGCUGCUGGCCGUCAUCCAGGGCACCGUUAUCUCCUAAGGGCAGCGCUGGGUUUGCUUGGUGUCACCCUCCGGGCACGGAGUGGGACUGGGGUGAGGGCACCCGACAGAGGGGACGGAGCCGGCAGAGCGUGACCCCGGCUCUUCUCAGGGCUCACUUUGGGCACAGGGUGGGACUGUGGCUGCAGGUGGGCAUCCUCAGGGCCUUCCUGGACAUGCCUUAGCCAAAGAUUGCCCCAUCGAGUGCCACCAGACGCGGGGCAGCGGUGCUGUGCCUUUCCUGAGGGUCCCUUGGGGGUUCACAGCCGGUGGCCACUGCAGGAGAACAGCAGAAAUCUCCCCAGCACUGGGGAGCCCAGGGGCCCUGCAGCUUUGUGUCCCCCGGUGUGGAUGCCCUGGGCAGGGCGUGUGCUGGCAGCAGUGACAGCUGCCCCUCCGCAGCCCCAGCAGUCUGAUGGUUCAGAAGCAAUCAGCUCCAGCAGGGGCUUUUUAAUGUAAAAAACAAACGGGGAAAGAAAAAAAACCAAAAAAACAGAUGCAAAAUAAAAGAGGAUUAACUCUCAAAUAUAAAUAAAGGACAGCACUCUGGGAUUGA